GAAGCCAGUUGCUUCCUAGCGGUUGCGUCGAAUGGACACGCCGCGCGAUCGCCAAACCGUUGCCGAUCCAUCAGGUCUCGUGCCGCCCCAGUCGAUUAGCGUAAAUUUGCCAAGCUCUCGAGGUGACAGGCACCUUGUUCCACAGGGGUGCACAAGCCAGAGGUCAAAGCCACGGCGUUAGCCGAAGAUGCGCGAUGCCAUCUGCGUCGAUUCGCGGUGCAUCGGUAUCACUUGUGCAGUAGAGAGUUGAAUCACAACACUUGAUCGGAAUUAUCUAUAUCCACUGUUUGCGAAUAGAUGAGCUUUGAGGUUGAGAACGAAUGAAAUUGGAACGAUAAUAGGAGCGAGGUAAAAUCAGUGUUCCCGUAAGUGAAAGCCCCAGGGAGAAGAGGAAGAGGAGGAGAAUCGCCUUUAUUGUCAACCGGCAGAAGAAUCGUCAACUAUCAAGAGAUCCGGGAUAAUACCGGAGGCGGCGGAGCCCGAGGGGAGUGAGGAGGGCGGAAGGAGGCGGUUAACACCCCACCGGGUCACGAUGAUCCCUCGAAGACGACCUUCCGCGUGCGUCCUGCCCUUCUUCAAUCUACUUCUUCUCGUCUACGCAUCCGUAGCUAUUCCCACCGCUAAGGAGGAUUGCAAGCGAAAAGUGACUGAAUGCACGAUGAGCGAACGAGCUGGUGUCGCGGUAUGCGGUAGUGACGGUGUGACUUAUCCAGAUCAGUGUAAAUUCAUCUCGAAACAGUGCGAGGGCGCAUCUCUGCUCAUCAAACACUCAGGACCCUGCAGUCCAGAGACGCAGCCCUGCUUCGCAGCGCGGAUUUCAACGCGGCCCGGGGCUCGGCCGCAGUGUCGUCCCGACGGAACUUAUUCCCCGGUCCAGUGUCACGGAGAAACCGGCUAUUGCUGGUGCGUCACCGCCCAAGGUCGGCCGAUUCCAGACACCUCCGUGAAGUACGAUCGUCCCCGCUGUCCGAGGGCCGGAUCGGCGUCGACCCGUUCGGCGCAGAGUCGACGCUCUCCGGCCGCCUCGAAGACGCACAGGCAGUUCAACAACAGGCAUCGGAACACCUGCGACAGAUCGGAGAAAGUCAAGUUCAACAAUAACCUAAUCGACAAUUUCAAAAUCGAGUAUAGGAGGACGAACAUUUCGGCGGAGGGUGAUAAAAACGUGGAGCGAGUAUUGUCCUGGAAGUUUAUGACGCUCGAUAAGAACGCCGACGGUUUUUUGGACCGGGACGAGUAUCGGGAAUUGCGACGGCUCGCGAGGAAAGCGGUUCGACCGAAAAAAUGUGCCAGGACCUUUGCAAGGACUUGCGAUUUGAACGGGGACGUGAAGCUCUCUCGGCAGGAAUGGAGCGCCUGCUUGGCUCUCGACUUUACAAUACGUUUGUUCUUGUCGCUGAACCCAGGCGCAGAUGAGCGCGCUGAGGUCCCUGAGGCCCAGAGGACUCGCGCUACUGAUCAAGCUUUAAUAGGCAAUCCAGGGACAAAUCGACCCAUAUUGACUGACGAAACUGUCGAUCCCACGGAGGAAACGGAAGCGAACGACUGCAUCUCGGAUAGAAAUUCGGUGCUGGAAGAUCAGAAGCAAAUCGCAGAAUCGAAGUUCUACGUUCCACAGUGUACGCCCGACGGACGAUACAGUAAAGUGCAAUGUUACUCUGGUUACUGCUGGUGCGUAUAUCAAGACACGGGUAAACCGAUUCCUGGCACGUCGGUUAAAGAUGCAAGUCCGAACUGCAAUCCGGUGCCUGAACCGAACAGGCCAAUGAAAGGAUGCCCUGAAUUGAAGAAGCAAGCAUUUCUUCGAGAUUUGAUGGACUUAAUGCAGAAGAAAAUGAAAGCUUCAAGCACCGAGUCGGAUGAGACGACUCUGAAGUGGCAGACGUCGAACGAAGAGCGUGUCGCGACUUGGCACUUCGUUAUGCUCGACAGAAACAAGAAUAAGGUAUUGGAGAGAAAAGAGUGGAAAAGCUUUCGUACAAUGGUGGCGAACAACAAGCAAUUACGAAGAUGUGGCAAGAAGCUACCAAGGUACUGCGACGUGAAUAACGACAGAAAAAUCAGCAUGACGGAGUGGUUGAACUGUCUUAAUGCCCAACGAGUUAUGCCAGCAGAUAGUCCGGCGAAUACGCAUACGGAAAGACCGAUGAGGAAGGGUCCGAAUCCGCUCGACAAGAUCUUGAUCGCCGAUUAAGAGGGAAGAGCUUGUGAUAUAGAAUGUUGAACAUCUCGUCACGCGUCGCUUUAAAGAAAUGUCCAGUUUAGAUUUUGAUUUUUGUUUCUUGUAUUUUUUUUUUCCUUUUUCUUUCAAACCUCAUGUUUUUUGAUUGUGUGAUUGCAUAUCAUAAUAUAUCAUUGUAUGGUAUGCGGGAUUAAUAACCCGUACACCGAUAAACAUUGUACACUUCGCAGUGAAAUUAUUUUUAUAUAUAUAUAUAUAUGAAGAUCUAUACGCAUAUACAUAUAUCCAGUGAUGCAUAAUGAGUUUAGCUUAUAAUACGUGUAUUAAACAUACAGGUAUAUACAGAUGUGUGUGUGGUUUAUUCUCAUAGUUAUACAUUAUAUUAUAUAUUGUAAUAUUUAUCGGUAACUGAAACGAGAUGGAGAAUUUUUUUUUCCUCAUUGUCAUCAAUUUUUCUUCUUCAAUUUUUUAUCGAAACACGAAGCAUGAAGAAUAUAAUAGUAAUACGGUAUAUGAGUAUUAAAGAGUGUAAAGAGAAAAAAAAGAAAAAAAGAAAAAAAGAGAUAGGGAGAGAGAGAGAGAGAGAGAGUCAGCUAAAAUGUACAUAUUAAUAUGUAGGAUUCAUACUUACCCAUAUUUGCAACUACAUUUAUAAGUAUUGUCCAACACUAGACGACCUAUAAUUGCAAGCUAUCUUUAAUAUGUAACAGGGACAAUGGAAUAUUAUAUGCAGAUUGAAACGACCGUUACGUUAUUAUGUAUCGAGUUCGGUUAUCUGAGUAAACAAUUGAUCAAUUAAUAACAGCACGAUUAGAGCGAGGCUGUUCUAUUAACGACCAGACGUAGUUCCUUGCGUAGUGCCAAUCACGAGAAUACAGUUAUAGCCAAUCUGUACUAACACAAAGUCACACGGCUUGCGCGAAAUAGAUCGUACAGAAAGUGAUAUCUUAAAUCUAUAUAAUCUUGGAUACAAUUACGUACCGCGCGAUCCUAUUCGGUAAAUAAGGGUACAUUAUUCCGUUAUUCCGAGAUAGGAUUUAAUGAAACGAAUCGUUUUUGUAGUAUCUUUUGAUCUAUAUUCAAACGAUGAACCAAUUACCUCCCAGCGCCACACAGCUUAGCCAUGUCGAUUGAUUAGAUCUAAUGUUCGUACUUUAUCUUUCUCAAUUGUACUACCCUUGCAUUGCAUUUCAAAACUAUAAUACUAUACAAGUCAUUCAACAUCUCUAAUAACAUGUGUAUUUUUAGUAAUAUAUAUUCUUAUGAUGUUGAAAAUAG